AUGGCAAUGAAAAAUAAUAAAACACUAUGCAUUAUAUGUAAUAAAGAUAAAAUAACAUAUCUUUGUGAAGGAUGUUCGAAAAAAUUUUGUUUAAUGGACUUAACAAUACAUCGUCAAAUAUUAAAUAAAGAACUACAACUUAUUAUUAAUGAUUAUGACCAAUUCAAACACAGAUUUAGUGAACAAAAACCGAAUCCACAUGAUCUUUCAUUAAUAAAUGAAAUUAAUCAGUGGGAAAUAGAUUCAAUUGAAAAAAUUAAACAAGAAGCAAACGAUCGCAGAGAAAUAGUGAUUAAAUCUUCCCAAACAUUUCUGAACGAUAUUGAAAAGAAAUUUAAUGAUUUAAAUGAACAACUAAAACAAAUUCGCAAUGAAAAUGAAUUUAAUGAGAUAAAUUUAAACUAUUUAAGAAAUGAAUUAAUGAAAAUUAGACAAGAAUCAAAUAACCCACCAAAGAUUUCUAUUGAACAAGAUUCUGAACCAUUUAUAAAUGAAAUUUCAGUUAGUCCAUUGCAAAGACCAACAUCCAACAAAUGGAAACAAAAUGCCAUCACUGUGGCUGGUGGAAAUGGAAAAGGACAAAAAUUAAAUCAACUCAAUCAUCCUACAGGCACCUUUAUUGAUACAAAGAAAAAUAUUUUCAUCGCUGAUUCUUACAAUAACCGUAUUGUUGAAUGGAAAUAUAAUGAAAAGAAAGGACAAAUCAUUGCAAAUAGAAAUGGACAAGAAAAUCAAAUGAAUCAUCCAACAGAUCUGAUUAUUGAUCAACAAAAUCAUUCGAUCAUCAUUGCUGAUCAAGGGAACCGACGAGUAAUUCAAUGGUUAAAUCAAAACCAACAAAUUCUUAUCGACAAUAUUAACUGUCGUGGCUUGGCAAUGGAUAAGCAUGGAUUUCUUUAUGUUUCUAACUAUAAGAAGGAUGAAGUGAGACGAUGGAAAAUAGGAGAUUAUGACAAUGAAGGAAUUAUAGUGGCAGGUGGGAAUGGACGAGGAAAUCAACUCUAUCAACUUAAUUAUCCUGCUUUUAUCUUUGUUGAUGAAGAACAAUCUGUUUAUGUAUCAGAUCAUAACAAUCAUCGCGUUAUGAAAUGGAGAAAAGAUGCAAAAGAAGGAACAAUUGUAGCUGGAGGAAAUGGUCAUGGAAAAAAUCUGAAUCAACUGUAUCUUCCUCAAGGAGUAAUUGUUGAUGAUUUAGGUCAAAUAUAUAUAGCAGAUUGUAACAAUAAUCGAAUAAUGCGUUGGUGUGAAGGAAAAGAAGAAGGUGAAAUUGUUGUUGGUGGAAAUGGAGGAAAACAUAAACCAAAUCAAUUGAAUGGUCCCAUGGGUUUAUCUUUUGAUGAUGAAGGCAAUCUUUAUGUUGCUGAUCAUUCGAAUCAUCGAAUUCAAAACUUUGAAAUAAUUUUGUGA